AUGCAUCGUCUUUUUGCUGAGCUGGAGCCAUCUUUAACCGUCACAGAGCAAAACCUGGCAGACCGAGUUCGGUAUAUCUUGCGCUCAAAUAUAUUUGAUGUCGCCGAACUCGAACGGCUACGACGUGAGGCUGUUCCCUCGUCGGAUGAGAAUGCUACGGCUGAGGAUGCGGCGCCACAAAUGGUAGAGCAACCCGCAAACGUGGAUGCCGCCGUGAAUACCCCAGUUGUGGUUGAUUCAAACGAUGAUGGAACAGUUGCCCAGGAACUGGAAUUAGAGCAUAUGAGGAGUACAUUGGAAGAGGCGAUUGUGGAAACGCGCAGUACGCCUCUCGAAAAUCGACCGCGACUUCCCCGCAUAGCCCUAAGCAAGCGGAAUCGGGCUGUCGUGAGGGCUCUGAACCCAAUGCUGGUGACCUAUUUGGAAGCCAGCCGGGACCUUUGCGAGACGGACUCAAUUCUUUUUGGCGCCGCGCUGGCAGUCUGCCGUAUCAUAGGCGCCAAGGUUUCCACGGCUGGACGCGCUACUGGCCAUAGUAGCGCUAUCCCAGCAUGGAGAAGAAGAAUUGAGGAACGUAUCGCAAAGGCUAGAGCUCUCAUCGGCAGACUGAUAUGCUUCAGAUCAGCAACAACAGGCCAAGAAUUGUGCGCACCGUCAGGAUGGCGUUUGCUGGGACAAAUGUCAGUUUGUCCCAGCCGGAUAUAA